AUCCCUGCGAGCGCGAGCGAGACGAGCAGUGCCGACGAGCAGUCGUGAAAGAUGGCUUUGCUCACGAGAAACAUUUGUAAGGCGCUCUCUCAGGCUACUCAAAAGAACACAGUUAGAGCCCUGCAUGUAGGGACAAUACGACAACAAGAAUCGUCAGUUGAACAAGAAGGAAAAUUGAAAUGUACCUUGAUACCAGGAGACGGUGUUGGACCAGAAUUAGUGGUCGCAGUUCAAAGUGUUUUCAAAGCUGCGGAUGUCCCGGUUGAAUUCGAACCUUACUUCUUGUCUGAAGUAAAUCCAACCCUGAGUGCUCCUUUAGAUCAAGUCUCCAACAGUAUUGCUAGAAAUCGAGUUUGUUUAAAGGGGAUCCUAGCAACUCCGGAUCACUCUAUGACUGGAGAGUUGCAGACCUUGAACAUGAAAUUACGUAAGAGCUUGGACUUAUAUUCAAACGUGGUACACGUGAAAUCUUUGCCAGGAAUCAGAUCACGUCAUCAAAAUGUGGACUGCGUUAUUAUCAGAGAACAAACAGAGGGAGAGUAUUCCGCGUUGGAGCACGAAUCUGUUAAAGGGGUGGUCGAGUGCUUAAAGAUCGUGACUGCCACUAAAAGCCAAAGAAUCGCGAAGUUCGCUUUUGAUUAUGCUGUAAAGAAUAAUCGCAAGAAAGUCACAUGUGUUCACAAAGCUAACAUAAUGAAGCUCGGCGAUGGGCUUUUCCUCAAAUCGUGCCAAGAAAUUGCCAAGUUGUACCCCAGGAUUACGUUCGAGACAAUGAUCGUCGAUAAUUGUACUAUGCAGAUGGUUUCUAAUCCACAUCAGUUUGACGUCAUGGUAAUGCCGAAUUUGUAUGGAAAUAUUGUGGAUAAUCUCGCAUCCGGUUUGGUCGGUGGUGCCGGAGUCGUCGCAGGUGCCAGUUACAGCGCUGAGUGUGUCGUCUUUGAACCAGGCGCAAGGCACACAUAUUCCGAGGCGGUCGGCAAAAACGUCGCGAAUCCAACGGCGAUGUUGCUGUGUGCGGUGAAACUUCUGAACCACGCGAAUUUGAAACGCUAUGGUGAGCAGAUCCGGGAGGCGUUAAACCGCGUGUUGAACGACGGAAAGGUGCUAACAAAAGAUCUGGGUGGGCAAAGCUCGACGACGGAGUUCACUGCUGCCGUGAUAAACAGCCUACGCUAAAACUUGUGUAACAUAAGAAAACGUAGACCUUGCAUUGUGAACUCAUUUUUAUCUAAAAUGAUUGUGUAAAUUGUAGCGUCACCCGUUAUAGGGUAUAUCUAACUCACAUAAAAUUUGUAAAGCUAUAUUAUUCUAGAAAUCUAUAAUGAUGCAAAUUUUCAUUUGCAAGAGUAACCUUCUGUAUGUUCUACGAACAGAAAGAAAUCCAAAGUUUUUUGCCAGAUUGCAAAAAUUCAAAUGCGGAUAAGCGGACUGCACAAUUAGUUCUAUAAUAGAUCAAAACAUAGACACAAUUGUAUCAUAUCUAUAUAUAGAAUAAAUUAUACGCUAUCUUGUA